UCAGCCGCUGGGCCACACUGGUUUUAGCUGGUGGAAGGAGAGCACGCGGUAUCCUUCACUCCCUUCAACACCACCGCCACCACCACCGCCAGUCCUUCCUCACAUCACUACCCCAUCUUUAGUUCUUCCUACACCCUCCUUUCUACACUUCCUUCAUCACGUCUUCCUAUCCUCAUCACCACCCACUCCUGCAUCCAAGCGAGACAUUCCUCCUUCAUUUCCUUCCUCGUUUCCUUCCUUGUUUCCUUCAUCCCCAUCAACACUCAUUAUCCCCAUUACCCUCCUCCUCCUCCGCCUCCUCCUCCUGCAUAAAGCACAGCCAUAGGACAUUGUGCCGAGUGUUACGAGGAAAGGAAGGACAUCAAGACUGCCAUGAGAGAAAAGGAGUGUUAGAGGAAAGGAAAGGAAAGGAAAAUAGAGGUGUGUUGAGGAAGGGAAAGGAAAGGAAAAGAAAGUAGAGGUGUGUUACGGAAGGGAAAGGAAAGGAAAAGAAAGUAGAAGUGUGUUAAGGAAGGUAAAGGAAAGGAAAAUAGAGGUGUGUUGAGGAAGGGAAAGGAAAGGAAAGGAAAAUAGAGGUGUGUUAAGGAAGGGAAGGGAAAGGAAAAGAAAGUAGAGGUGUGUUAAGGAAGGGAAAGGAAAGGAGAAGAAAGCAAAGGAGUGUUAGAGCAAAGGAAAGAAAAGGAAAAUAGAGGUGUGUUAAGGAAGGGAAAGGAAAGGAAAAGGAAGGAGUGUAAAACGAAAGGAAAGAAAAAGCAAGGGGAAAGGAAAGGAAGGAUAGGAGAAAGUAACUGAGUGUAAAGCAAAAGAGAGGAAAAGAAAGGAGAAAGGAAAUAAAGGGGAAAGGAAGUGUAAAACAAGGGAAAAGGAAAGUUAAAGGAAAGUGUACAGCGAAAGGAAAAUAAAUAAAAAAUAGAGAAGGAAGGGAAAACGGAAAGCAGAAGCAGGAGGAAAAGAGAGGAAAGUGUAAAUCGAAAGGAAAGGAAAAUAUAGAAAAGAAAAAAAAGGAAAAAGAGAAUAGUGAAGAAAGAACGAAAAAUAAGAAAAAAGGAUAAAAAAACACACCAGGAAGGAAAAAUCAUACCUAUCAAGCAACUCAAAGCAAAGGAAAGGAAAACAAAUGCAGGUCGUGUGGCGGAGAGAGCGGUGACUGGCGAACGAACACACACACGAACUUCCGACGCAGGCGUGGGGGCGGCGGCGGCGGCGGCGGCGAGGGAAGGGGAGUGCAAAGUUUAUUUACAACGGGAGCGUGACGCCGCGGAGCCUGCACACACACGCACACGCCUUCAGAGCGGGGCGUGGCGAGGCGCGGGGAGCACACACGCGGCGGGGAGACUGACGGAGAGACGGGGAGACAGCGAGAUAGAGAAACUGAGGGCGAGCGAGGAGAAGUAAACAGAAGGGAAACGAAGCAAAAGGCGAAGAGAGACAGAGAUAAACACAGAGAGAAAGAGAGACAAACUAGUGAUGCAGAGAAAGGUAAACAGACAGAAAACGGGAUAAAAGGCGUAACGAGAGACGGAGAUAAACGGAGAGAGAGAGAGAGAGGAAAAUUCAGUGAUUCAAAGGCAGUGAAAAAAAAGGAAAAGGUGGAAUAAAUAGAGUGGAAGAAAGCGUGGAAUCUAAACAGGAAAUCAAAAGACAGACGAAUCGAAGCCCCAGAAGAGAAAAACAAACAGAGAGAGAAAGAAGAAAAAAAAAGGAAAGGAGCGUGAGUGCGGGUAAAUUUAGCAGCCUCAGUGAUAGAGAGAGAGGGAGAGAGAGAGGACGUGAAGGAUGCUGUGAGAGAGGGAGGCGAGUGAGAGAGAAAGAGAGAGAAGAAAAGCGUCCACGUGAGAACAGUGAGGCGAAAGAAAGCAAGAAAAAAAGGAUAAUAAAAGAAGGAAUUAGUGAAUGAAAAAGUGAUAAAUAAAAAAAACGGUAAAAUAGAAGAAAAACGGAGAUAGAAAAACCCGAAAAGGACAGAAAAAAAGAACAAACGGGAAAGUCCAACCACAACAGUAACAACAGAAGCCCAAGUAAGUAAGCACAGUCAUCAUGGAAGGGAACAGCGAAGUCUCAGGCAACGGAGCUCCUCAAAGGGCAGCUCCUGAGUCUCCUGAGGGGGUGGACCAGCCAGCCCCGGCGGAGGCGACAACGCAGAAGAAGACGCAGCACAAGGACUGGCUGGCCGUGGGCGGGAUCGGCAUAGAGAAGCGGCGAAGGUCCUCCAACGCCUCCUACAGGAUCGAGAACAACAAGGUGAUGAUCGACACCCCCGACGGCGUGCAGGAGCUGGAGAUCAUGGAGAGCAAGGAUCGGCACGGCAGCUUCCGGAAGGCCGUGCCCGCGCUGCCCAUGCCCCUCGCCGCCCUCUGCCUCAUCCUCAGCUUCGUGCCCGGCCUAGGUACUUUCGUGGCGGGCCUGGCGGUGCUGUGCUGCGGCUACACGACGGAAAACCCCAGCAGGGUGAGCGGCGCCUGCUGGAACCUGCUGGCGGCCCUGCUCAUGGUCGUGCUGGCGCCGAUCCUCGUGGGGCUCAUCUGGUCCGUGCAGCGCGGCGUGAUCAUCCUGCAGGAGUCCAUGAAGGAGAACAUAGCAGACCGUGAGGCCAAGGCAAAGGCGGAGGAGGAGGGGACGGCGUAAAGAAAGAGGAAGAAGAGAUAGAAAGAGAAAAGGAAGAAGGCGAAUGGGAGAAAGACAGAGAAGAACCCACACACCCUCUUCUCUGGGCAGCUGUGGAUCGUCAUCAUCAGCAGUCAGUCACCUUCAGCGCCUCCAACGGGACACGGGGGGAUGAUGUUCUUUUCUUUAAUCCUUCUCCCAUGUCAACACCAAGCUCAGGGCAUCUCCAGAGCAUCUAAAAAAAACAUUAGAAAAUACAAAAAAAAAGUUGUGCCAUUAAAACUCAGUAAUACCUGUAAUGAUUCACCUUAGCCUCAUUAACUCACUCAUUUCCCCUUGAUCCACUACUAUUAUUACUAUUAUUACUAUUACUACUAUUAUUAUCACGUCGUAACCUCAUGUAUUAGUUAUUAUUAUCGUUCCUCCCAUUACCUCUUUUUUUAACUAGUUUCAAUGUUAUUCUUAAGGUUUUGAUUUGUCUUUUGUUCGUAUUUCCGACACCCGAAUUCAUACACAUCCAUUAUUAUUAUUAUUAUUAUCACCCAGCAAACACUGAUAUUAUGGCGGUAAAGAACGGAGCUGUGUCACGAAGGCUUGUCUGUGUCUUGCUAAUAUACAGACGAAAAUAGAAAGGAAGAAAGGAAGGAAGAAAGGAAACUCGUAUUGAAAGGAAUGGAGUGUAGGAGGGAAGUAGGAAUAAUGGAAGAGGAGUAGGAAGGCAAUGAGCGGUGAAGGAAGGAAGGAAGGGAGGAAGGAAGAAAGGAAGAGAGGACGGAAGUAAGAGAGAAAAAUCGUGUGGAAGGAAUGGAGUGUUAGAGAGAAGUAGGAAGAAAGGAAGGAGUACAGGAAGGCAAUGGACGGUGAAGGAUAAGAAAGAAAGGAAGAAUGGAAGGAAAAGAGGAAGACUGUGUUGGAAGGAGUAGAGUGUAGGAGAUAAAUAGAAAGGACUAAAGGAGUAUGGGAAG